CGGUCCUCUCCACUUCCAUAGAUCGGUCAACCCAUCUUCUGCUCCCAACUCUCGGAACAGCAGCAGCCACCAUGGUGCGUCUGUCGCCCACGCGCAUGUUGAGUGCUGCCGCUCUGGUUGCUUCGUUCUUCCUCUUCUACCGGAUUGCGUCCUACUUCUUCAGCGCUCGCGGCUUCGACCUCGUUCACGAAACGCCGCCUUCGACUCGCUCCCAUCCCGGAACCGAUGUCGUACUCGGCGAGGAAUGUUCGCCCUUCUCCAGCGGCGUCAUGGAAGACGUUGUCGUUGUGAUCAAAAUGGGCGCAUCCGAAGUGGCCUCGGCCUUACCCGCCUAUAUCAAUCGACUCGGCCGCUGCCGCAUCGAUCUCCUUCUAUUCUCAGAUCGCGACGCCGAGUACCACGGCUUCAAGAUCAUCGACGCUCUGCGCGCGCUACGACCCGAGUACAAAUACAAGAAUCCCGAUUUCGAUGUAUACGACAGGAUACAAGCCUCCAACGGCGCCUCCGCGAAGACAGACGAAGGCUGGCGGUUAGACAAGUACAAGUUCUUGCCAAUGAUGGAAAUUACCGCGCAUAUAAGGCCAGAUGCGCGCUGGUUCGUGUUUCUGGAGUUGGAUACUUAUGUAAACUGGGACAACAUGUACCGAUUCCUCUCGCAGUUCGAUCCAAGAUCCCCUCACUAUUUCGGAUCGCCCGUUUGGCCGCCAAAGAAGACUGUCUUUGCCCAUGGGGGUAGUGGAUUUGUGCUUUCAAGGGGCGCCCUGGACAAGGUGGUAGCGCGCGGCAGGAUGUUUGCGGAGAAUUCCCAGUCGCCAGGGACACAUCUCUUCGGGAAAGAUGUGUCAAACAUGUGCUGCGGCGACGAAGUGCUGGCCCAAGUGCUCAAGGAGUGUGGUGUCCCCCUCCGCGGCUACUGGCCCAUGUUCAACGGAGAGAAACCUGCCACCGUACGCUUCGACUGGGAGCAGUGGUGUGAGGCUGUCCUUACCCUGCAUCAUGUGCAGGAUCACGAGCAUGACCAGCUGAAAAUGUGGGAAGCCACGAGGAAACGGCCGUCAAAACCCCUUACGUUUGAGGAGCUCUUCACUUACAUAGAGCCUCAUCUCCGCGAUCGAGCCGACGAUUGGAGCAACAUGUCGGAAGACAUGGCGUUCAAGGCCCCACAUUCCGCAUCCGUGUCUUUUGACACGUGCUAUGCCGCCUGCCUGAAAGAUGCGAAAUGCAUGCAAUUUGAACACUUUGGAGACACAUGCCGCCUUUCCCAUGCCAUCCGCCUUGGCCACCCCCAAAAACCCGAAGGCAACACGAAGUGGGUUUCUGGGUGGGUUAUGGAUCGGAUAAAAGAUUUCCAAGAGGUUUACUCCCCUUGUAAAGCCACUCACUUCGUCCAUCCGAAUCCAUGACCGGAUGUCUCCCAUGGCCGAACCCGUGAGUUGCAGGAUAUAUGAAUCAUUUCUCCUCAGUUGAGUUAUUCCGUUUUCUUCGUCGCAUUCAAUUGGCGUUCUAUACCCAUUCGCCUACUGGCGGGUUCACGAGAGCAUGAUAUUAUGAUACCCGGACGUCAUCAAUCCGCUCUUCCAUGUCAAUGCUUCAUUCAGACUAUGGUGUUGUAAUGGUACGCUGGGGCCGGUAGUGUUUCUUUUGGCAUCGUACGGUGUUGUGGAGUCUGUCCUGAGCUGACUGAUACUCUCUUUGGUUUAUAUGGUUGGUCCGAAACUUUGCAUUAUACCAGAUGUCGUCAGCAUAUUGACGCGGUUUGUACCUCUAAGCGUGCAGACUUUCACCGCACUAUGUACAUGUAUUGGGUAGGAAGAUGAGGAAAUAUCUUCUGCUGUCAUCGAACGCCAUUGAAUCCAGCCUUAGUAGUGAAGAAUGCAAAUGAGAA